UACAGAAGUGCGUUGUGUGAGAAACGAAACGAUAUAAAAGCUCUUUACUGAAUAAAUGAAAUUCGAGUGCUCUCUGUGUUGCUCUGUUGUUGUGCUAGUGUUACUUUCCUCCUCCGUUUCUUUUCUCUGUGCGCUUGAAUUCGAACCCCAACUAGGGUUUUGCAACCAGGAAGAUUUGAUUCCAAUGGCAACUCUAGGAGGAAUACAGGAGUCCCAGUCUUCUCAGAACAGCGCCGAAAUUGACAGCCUCGCACGUUUUGCUGUAGAAGAACACAACAAGAAAGAAAAUGCACUCCUUGAGUUUCUGAGGGUGGUGAAGACGCAAGAACAGGUGGUUGCUGGUACUCUGCAUCAUCUAACUAUCGAGGCUAUUGAUGCUGGUAAAAAGAAACUUUAUGAGGCAAAGGUCUGGGUAAAACCAUGGAUGAACUUCAAGGAGUUGCAAGAAUUCAAGCAUGCAGGUGACGUCCCCUCAUUUACUCCUUCAGAUCUUGGUGCUAAGAAAGGCGACCAUGCCCCGGGAUGGCAAGCUGUGCCUGUCCAUGAUCCUGUAGUCUGGGAUGCUGCAAAUCAUGCUGUUAAGACCAUCCAGCAGAGAUCGAACUCACUAUUUCCCUAUGAACUUCAAGACAUCGUUCAUGCGAGAGCUGAGAUUGUCGAGGAAACUGCCAAGUUUGAUAUGCUUCUGAAGGUGAAGAGGGGAGACAAAGAAGAGAAGUUCAAGGUGGAGGUACAUAAGAAUAAUGAAGGUGCUUUCCUUCUCAAUCAUAUGGCGCCGGAUCGCUCUUGAAUUUGGAAGUUACCAUCCAAUACCGGUUGAGGCACAACAUACUACGAUCUGGUAUAUGAAAAAUGUUGUACUCUUCUUAUCUUCUGGCUUUUAAAAUAAUUGUAUGAUGUUAACUACUAUAUAUAUAUAUAUAUAAAUGCGAUGUUAAACUACUA